AUGGGCGCACCAAGUACGAGGAAGAAGGUCACGAUGACUACAUUAAGGUCUAUGUACAAGAAAGGGGAACCUAUCGCUGUAAUGACGGCUCACGAUUUUCCAAGCGGACAUGUUGCGGAUGCCGCCGGCAUAGAUAUAGUUUUGGUUGGCGAUAGUUUGGCCAUGGUAGCCUUGGGCAUGGAGGAUACCAGUGAGGUUAUCAUGGAGGAGAUGUUAAUGCACUGUCGUUCUGUAUCUCGUGCUGCCAAAGCUGCCUUCACUGUUGGAGACCUUCCCAUGGGCUCAUAUGAAAUAGCCCCCGAGCAAGCACUCGAAUCCGCUUUCCGAUUUGUGAAGGAGGGUCGAAUGCAAGGCAUAAAAUUGGAAGGGGGCCUAGAAAUGGCUCCGACCAUCAAGAAAAUCACCACCGCAGGCAUUCCAGUCCUGGGCCACAUAGGCCUCACACCACAACGCCAAAAUUCUCUCGGUGGUUUCCGUGUUCAGGGUAAGACAUGUGCCGGCGCGCUGAAAGUUCUGGAAGAUGCGCUUGCCGUCCAAGAAGCUGGUGCUUUCGCAAUGGUCAUUGAAGCCGUUCCUCAGGAAGUCGCACAACUCAUAACGGAGAAGUUAUCCAUUCCUACAAUCGGUAUUGGAGCAGGGAAUGGUUGCUCGGGACAGGUUUUGGUGCAGGUCGAUAUGACAGGCAAUUUCCCUCCUGGUCGAUUUCUCCCAAAAUUCGUGAAAAAGUAUGGUGAUGUUUGGAGCGAGAGCUUCAAAGCUAUUUCGGAAUACCGCGACGAGACAAAAUCGCGAGCCUACCCAGCUCCAGAGCAUACAUAUCCCAUCCCGGAAAAGGAGCUCGAGGAGUUUCGAAAUGCGAUUGAGAGGGUGGGAUGA